GGGGCCCCGGCCCGGCGCUGCCGCCGCCGCCGCGAUGGCCCAGCAGCAGAUGACCAGCUCGCAGAAGGCCCUGAUGCUGGAGCUGAAAUCCCUGCAGGAGGAACCAGUGGAGGGCUUCCGGAUCACCCUGGUGGAUGAGUCCGACCUCUACAACUGGGAGGUUGCCAUCUUCGGACCCCCCAACACCCUCUACGAAGGAGGCUACUUCAAGGCGCAUAUUAAAUUUCCUAUUGACUACCCAUAUUCACCACCUACCUUCAGAUUCUUGACCAAAAUGUGGCACCCCAACAUUUAUGAGAAUGGAGAUGUAUGCAUUUCAAUUCUUCAUCCGCCUGUAGAUGACCCACAGAGUGGUGAACUGCCCUCCGAAAGGUGGAAUCCUACUCAGAAUGUCAGGACGAUCCUGUUAAGUGUAAUCUCAUUGCUUAAUGAGCCCAACACCUUCUCUCCAGCCAAUGUGGAUGCUUCAGUUAUGUUCAGGAAAUGGAGGGACAGUAAAGGAAAAGACAAAGAAUACGCUGAAAUCAUUAGAAAACAAGUUUCAGCCACUAAAGCUGAAGCAGAAAAGGAUGGAGUGAAAGUCCCCACGACCCUGGCGGAAUAUUGCAUCAAAACUAAAGUGCCUUCCAAUGACAACAGCUCAGAUUUGCUUUAUGACGACUUGUACGACGACGACAUUGAUGAUGAAGAUGAGGAGGAGGAAGAUGCCGACUGUUAUGAUGAUGAUGAUUCUGGGAAUGAGGAGUCGUGACCUGCUCCUUUGAAGCCCCUGUACUGCCCUGCCAUCUCAGGCCAAAGGGAGGGGAGCAAGUGGGGACCUAGCAGUGGCCCCUCAGCAAAAACCUAACAUGGGGUGGGGAAAACAAACACGGCUCCUGCUGACUCCCCUAUGGAUCUCUGUUUGCUCCUUUUUAUGGACCUCUUAAUGGAGAGAAGGUAAUCCUCCACAGAAUGUCCGAAAUCUUGCAUUCUUUACCCUUCCAUCACUGUAUUGAUUUUUUUUUUUUUCUUUCCCUUUAAACCCAAAUCCCUGCCUCACUUCAUCUCUACAAAGUCUUCACAGCAAAACACGUUUGGUCUGUUUUUAGAUUCUUGAAGAAUUAAAGUCUUUCAUCAAGACAUUUAAUGUGUUUAAAGCUGGGAACCCAUUGGGAGUUCACAAGUGCUGCAUAUGCUGGGUAGCAAAAGAAAAUAGAGGGGGGAAAACCCACAAAACAAACUUUUAAAAAAAAUUGCCAAGGUUUAGCUGCUCCAUUUACAUUAGUGUGUGCAUUUGUUCAGCCCCAUGUUGGUGAAUUUUGUUUCUUUCCAAUUCUUAAGUCUGGGGUACAGUGGGCAUCAGGGGCUCUGUGCUAAGACUGAUGAAAUGUGUUCCUAAGGGCACAGAGCCCCUUCAGCCUCCAGGAAAUCAUCCUAACAGAGGCCUCAGCUGUUCUGAGGAAAGAAAUCAGAUUUUGGUUUAUUGAAAUCGAUUGGGAUCUAAAGCCUGAAAUAAAUAUUCAUACUUUACAUAGAACUGAGCACUUGAUUGCUAUUUAUUUUUAAGGCAGAGUUGUUCUUCCCCCGCCCCCACCCCCAGGGAGUGGGGGGAGAGAGUGGGGAUUAGUACCUGUGUGUGGAGUCUUAGUGAUGGCUACAAAGAGUUAAAAAUUGCUAUGCCAAUUUUGGUUGAUGCUGCUGGGGGGAAAAAGUCAAAACUACUGGUGACCACUGUUGGGAGAGAAAACAUCUGUUUUAUAUAUUUAACAAAGCCUUUCCCUCAAAGACACACUCUCACCAUGAGGAUAUUUUUUUAAAGUAGCCAGUUUUAAUUACUCAGUAUUAAUACUAGGUGCAUGUAUUAAUUUUUUGGUUUUCAUUGAGCUAGUGAUAACUCUGGAUAUAUGUGAGACAAGAGUGACCGGUUACCUUUCCUCAUUGGACAUGACCUGGACUUUGCUGUCCUUUCAAUGUACUCUGGCUGUGGAGUACAAGCAGAAGUUGUACAUGGAUCUUGCCCUGGGGCUUCUUGACUCUUCUAGCAGGGCCAAGAGAGUUGGCUGCAGGAGGUGUCUGGGUGACCAUGCUGUUAUCUUCCUGCCAUGCAAUUGCUGCAGCUUUGAUUUCUCUGGUCUCAAUCAUGUGUUACUUCAAUUCUGAGAUCCAUCAGCCUUCACCAACCAGGGACUUCAGAACUUGGCGGUGACUUUUGUUUCUUAUGGGAGUGGGCCAGUUCAUACAAGGGCAGUGUUCUUUCAGUGGGGAAAAUCGUUACAAUGUAAAAUCACAGGUUUUGGAAGGAAAAUACAGCAAAGACUGACUAUAAUCCUACUUCACAUCCCUGUGCACUAGUGUCAACUCCUUUUCUUCAGAUCUUAGCUCAGAAAGAACAAAAGGGUUGAUGAGGGGCAGGGUAGGAUGGAUCCUAGGACAGAGUAGGUGAUGCUUACUUCCUUAGCUCCUCCUUCCUUUCUGAUCUCAGGGUUUUCAUUCCCUCUCCAAACUCUCCAAACAUUUGCUAAUAAUUCCCAGCAACCCUAUUUGGCCCCUGAAGUUUGGUCUAGUAUUAAGUGAAAACAUUUAACGUGCUGAGGUUCAAAUGUGGCAGUAUUGAGCCUGAUCCCAGAAUCUGCCCAAUCCCCAUGGGGCCAGGGCUACUUGCACCCCUGAAUCUAGUGACUCCAGUCAGAUUCAUAAAGCAGCAGCUCUUUGCAACAAAACACUGACUGCAAACUCCUAAGGAUGUUGGAACUAGCUUUUUACUCCUCACGCUUAAGGAAUGCUUCCAAAUAACCUGCAAAUCUAAUGGAACCCAAAGUGUCUCAUAUUGCUGAUAACCCACUACUUUCCCCCCUCCCCCCAACACACGUUUACAGCUGGUAGCUUAGCUUGGUCUUACUCUAUUGGAGCCCUAAGCUUUUCUUCACCUUACUGCUAAAGCAUUUCUUUCCCAGGGUAGGCCAGGCACCUUGGCAUUGUGGGAGGUGCUAUGCUGCUCAGCCCGGUCCCAUUAGGCCCUGUUGGCCUGUUGCACGUUGACUCAGGGAGCCAGAGAGCUAGGUGGAGGUCGUACCUCUCAGCCCUUUGGGGUGUUACUAUUGAGGGCUUGGUUUGCCUCUGAUAAGAGUACAAUCAGAAGACGGGGGGGUGUGUUGAUUUGCUAGCAGGUAGCAUUCUGAAAGCUCACUGAUUUGUAAAACCCAGAUGCUGGUUCCAGAGCUGUCUUGAGAACACACCCUGUGGCAAAAGAAAACUUGCGCUUGUAACUUUAUUUUUUAGGAGUGGAAAUCUCAGGCUAGAACCUUGUGAGUACACUUGUGCUGAUUUGGUGUAACGAGCUCAAAAUCCUGCAUUUUUAGAUUCCUUUUGAUUCUAGUGGAGGCCUCUCUGGGUGUUUUGUUUUGUUUUUGUUUUUUGAGGCUGGGUGGAGAAAGUAUAUCAUGAUUCCCUUGUUGCUUCUCAGUCUUCCCCUUUCUUUUUCAUAUCAUUCCAGAGUUCUUUUCUGUUAGCCAGACUUUUUUUGUAGUACCGUCUUUCCUCUUCCCUGGUAAUUAUUUGCUUCUUUGUUUGCUGGUUUCCUUCUUUUUGGGACAUAUAUGGUAAGAGACUGAAAGGGAAAAUGCGUAGUUCUCCACUGAAAAUUAACUCUCCACCCCUCCCAUCCUGAUAAAAGGUUUACAUUUACAAAGAUUCAGAUGCAAUUUUCAACUACUCUGAAACCAGCAGGUCACACCUGACUUUAAUAGUUUUCUUAGCUGAAAUUGUAGAUGUUUUUCUUCAGUUUAACUUAUGAGAAAAGAUUUUCUGAUGCAUUUUGUGUUGAUCUUCCCCUUUAGUGGUUUAUUUUGUCUUUUUCUGCCCAUCUGUCUACUAAUAAAAUGUGAAAUAAAAUAUACCUGUAUUGCUA